AGCACCUCUGCCUUCCUUCGUUUCUCGCUGCUCUCUUGUCUCCCACUCACUGGUCACAGCCUGCAUCUCCAACACACACGCACACGCACAGCCAGACAGACUCAAGAUCAGAGCAAGAUGGUCGGCGCAUUGGACGAAGGCAAGAUCACGGAGUACUUCAAGAACAAGAGCGUGCUCAUCACCGGAUCCACCGGCUUCCUCGGAAAGAUACUGGUGGAGAAGAUACUCAGGGUGCAGCCGGACGUGAAGAAGAUCUACCUCCCGGUGCGGGCGGCCGAUGCGGCGGCGGCCAAGCGGAGGGUGGAGACCGAGGUGGUGGGGAAGGAGCUGUUCGGGCUCCUCAGGGAGAAGCAUGGCGACGGGUUCGAGUCCUUCAUCGAGGAGAAGAUCGUCCCAUUGGCGGGCGACGUGAUGCGCGAGGGCUUCGGCGUCGAUCGCGAAACCCUCAAGGAGCUCCGGGUCGUGGAGGAGCUCAACGUCAUCGUGAAUGGCGCCGCCACCACCAACUUCUACGAGCGGUACGAUGUGGCCUUGGACGUGAACGUGGCGGGCGUGAGGCACAUGUGCGACUUCGCCAGACGGUGCCCCAACCUCGAGGUGCUCCUCCACGUGUCCACCGCCUAUGUGGCGGGGGAGAAGCAGGGGCUGGUGCAGGAGAAGCCGUUUAGGCACGGUGAGACGCUGAAGGAGGGGACCCACCUUGACAUCGACGUGGAGGUGAGGCUGGCCAAGGACCUGAAGAAGCAGAUGCAGGCCGACGGCGUGGACGACCCCAAGGCCGAGAGGAAGGCCCUGAAGGAACUGGGCCUCUCCCGGGCCCGCCACUUCGGGUGGCCCAACACGUACGUGUUCACCAAGUCCAUGGGCGAGAUGAUGCUGGGCCAGAUGAUGCAAGGUGGGGAGGUGCCGGUCGUGAUCGUACGGCCCAGCAUCAUCACCAGCGUGCAGAACGACCCUCUGCCCGGCUGGAUCGAGGGUACCAGGACGAUCGACGCGAUCCUUAUCGGGUACGCGAAGCAGAACCUGUCGUGCUUCCUGGCCGACCUGGACCUCACCAUGGACGUGAUGCCCGGUGACAUGGUGGUGAACGCGAUGAUGGCGGCGACGGUGGGGCACGCCUCCACCACUCCGUCAGCAUCGGCGAAGAAGAUGGAGCCGAAACAUGAAGAGCCGCUUGAGACACCGCCAUCGGUGUACCACGUGAGCUCGUCGCUGCGGCACCCGGCCCCGUACGCGGUGCUGUACCGGACGGGGAUCCGGUACUUCGAGGAGAACCCCAGGGUGGGCGCCGACGGCCGCCCCGUGCGCACGCGCAAGGUCCGGUUCCUGAGCACCAUCGCGUCAUUCCACCUCUUCAUGGUGCUCAAGUACCGCCUCCCCCUCGAGCUCCUCCACCUGCUCUCCAUCCUCUGCUGCGGCCUCUUUGGGCUCGCCGCCCUCUACCAUGACCUCGCCCGCAAGUACAGAUUUGUGAUGCAGCUGGUGGACCUGUACGGGCCAUUCUCACUGUUCAAGGGCUGCUUCGACGACGUCAACCUCAACAAGCUCAGGCUCGCCAUGGCCGAGGAAGGCGCUGCCAGAGACGGGCUGUUCAACUUCGACCCCAGGACCAUCGACUGGGACGAGUACUUCUACAGGGUGCACAUCCCCGGGGUCAUGAAGUACGUCCUCAAGUGAAAAAUGCAGCUAUCUAUGUCACUCCGGUUAUGGAGAAGGAAAAUUAUAUCUGUCCAUCAGGAGCAAGCAAACAUCGUUUGCAUCUAUGUUCCUAAAACAAAACGCUAUGCUAUGUAAUCUAAGUUCUUGGCUCUGGUGUUAUAAA